GUUUUAAGUCAAACUGGUUAUUUUUAUUGUAGUUUCAUUCUGAAUUAGAAUGUCGGAGAAGGAACUUUGUACUCGUGAUUUAACAAUAUUAGAAUUGUUGUUUGAUAAGAAUCAUUCUGAGGGUGGUCUAGAAGAUUUUGUACAACCAGUGAAAGAUAAAAUUAAUGUGAAAGAUAAUGAAGAGGAAGGAACAGAAAAUAUUAAAAAGUCUAAGCGUUUAGAAGUUCAAGGCAUUGAAUUGACUGAAAAAGGAAAACUUGCAGACGCAUUAAUGAAGUUUAAUGCAGCAAUAGAAAUGGCACCAAAUCGACCAUCACCUUAUAAUAACCGAGCUCAACUUCAUAGAUUUAUGAAACGAGAUAAUUUGGCAUUUUGCGAUCUUAAUAAAGCAAUUGAAUUAUCAAGUGAAUGUUUUCCUUUAACCAAGUCUAAUGCAUUAUGUCAACGAGGAAUCUUAAGAAGGAAGCUUGGUGAUGAUGAUGCAGCACGAAAUGAUUUCAAUGAAAGUGCACAAUUAGGAUCGACUUUUGCUCGUCAACAACUGAUCGUUCUUAAUCCUUACGCUCAAUUAUGCAAUCAAAUGGUUACAAAAUUAAUGACAGAAUAAACGUAAUAAAAGUCAAUAUAGAAAUUUAAUACAUAAAUAUUUGCAUGUAAGUAUAUAUAAUAUCUAUUUUAUUUCUUUAUUAUGACACAAAUAAAACACAAAAUAAAAUCUUUUUCCUAUUUAUAUUCCUUUCCGGAUAUCUGAUACAGAACUCACAAUAUAGAAACAGCUGAAGGGAAAGAAAAAAUAAUGUUGUAUCAAAAACAUUUUGUUUCAGAAUUCGAGCCAGAUGCAGCAUAUCUAUAUUCCUAUCCUUAUCUAUAUACAGUUAUUAAUUAAUUUAAUUGUCGUGAUUUUAAAGUGUCAAAGCUCUUGCGUAUUUUUUAGAUUUUCCCCUGCCACAUUAAUACCACCAAAACUACAAAUCCUAUGAUGCAGAUAAUAUAAAAGGAAAUGAUACAUUUAACAUUCGCAAGAAGAUCAUGAAACGACUGAUGUUUGUUGAGUGUCAUUUGACUUGGUUUAUUUGUCAACUUUAGGAACUUUAAGUUUUUGCAAUUCUUUUGAAAGCAACGAUAAGCGUUUUCUGUAAUAUUUUUAGCUGUGCUGUCAGUCAUUUGAAAAUCUUCUAAAUUUGGACAUGCACUAGUUAUAAUAUCCACGAUUGUAUCAUCAAUGAAAUCAAUUGAGUGAUGAAUAUGAAUUCUCUUAAUAUUUGUAUUGUUUCGUAAAAAUUCCAACCAGUCACUACCGGAAUUUUUCGUGUAACAAUAUUGAAGGCUUAUCGAUUCAAAAUAUUCAGAACAUUUUAUACUCUUAAGCAAUCCUUGAAAGUAGUCAGUGAUUUUCAAAUUUUUCAAUUUGAUAAGUUGUGGAAGUUGAUUUAAAACAUCAUCAGAAUAAUCACAAGCUAAUUCAAGAUGUGUCAAAUUAGGGAGGCAAUGAAGUAAACUAACAAGUAAAUUAUUAUUACCACGUGAUUCAUUUUCAAACACCAACUUUGUGAUGCUUCUAUUAUUAAAUUGAAAUUUUUCAGAAUCUUUUAAUGAACAUUUGUUUACGAGAAGAUUGACUGAUAACAAAUGAUCCAUUGUCAUAAUGUGACGUAUCAUUUCAUCACAAAGUUUCUCAUCAUGCGCAUGAUGAAGACUGUUACGAAGAUCGAGAGCUAAUUUUACUUCUUUAAAAAGCUUUUGAUGACAGAAAAAUGUCGAGAAUUUUUCGAGAUUCAACGAGUAUCCAUUGUACUCGAUAUUAAUUUUCUCUAAUUUGAAUUUCACAUCGUUUAGAGAUUCGUAAGAGAAGAGUGCACUGUGCGAGUCUAAGCCAAUUAAUUCCAGUUGCUCUAAUGCUCUUUGGUUGAGAAUGAAGUCGUUGAUUGAUUUUAUUUUCUUAUUGAUGAAGAACAGCGAACUGAGAGAGAUUGACUUAAGUGUUUUGCAAUCUUGAAAAAUCUUAAAAAUUUGUGGGCUGGUAUCGAGAAAUGAAUGAAUUUUGAGAUGUUUGAGACUAGGAAGAGAUGCAACAUCACUGUCAUCUAAUGGUUCAUCCAUUUUUGCAGUUCGAUAUCCAUCAAUCUCCACAAAUACUAAACGAUGAGUUAAUUUAAUUAAAUUACUCAACUGCUUCAAAUCCAUACAAUCAGAUUUAAUUCGAAUACAUCGUGCAUUGAUUUGUUUCUUAAACAAUUGAAGCCAUUUAUUUCCCAAUCGAUCAGUAUGCUCUUUAUUGAAGUUUAUCAAGAUGUAGUUAUGAUAAAGACGAUUCGUUUCUAACAGUAUGUUAAAAUCUCGAUCAUCCUUAUAAGUGAAUCUUUGCACCUUAUUGUAGUUUAGAUAUUGAAAAUCGAUGCGAAUACUAGGAUAUUUUAUUGGCAAAAAAUCAAUGAUCACUUGGUUGAACUUUUUACAUGAUUUUGCGGCGCUUAAAAGGUCACGACUAUUCAGAUGAUUAAAUAUGAGAACAAGACUUUCAGUCGGCAA